UCCAAACUCACAGGUAUUCCAGCAUCCAAAGUGGUCAGUAAACAAUAAUAAUGAUGAAAACCCCAAAAAGUACAGAUCAAACAGUUCCAAUAUUCAAAUCUAAAGAUAGAACCCAGAAGACUCAGUGAGUGACUGAGCUAGAGGGAGAGAGAGUGAGAGAAAAGAGGUAUGGGAGACUAUGAACACCACUCAACAGUCCCAAAAGAAACAGCUAUACAAGCCCUGAACACAAUCAUUCAACUCCACUUUGAAAAAACCCUUGAGAAAAAAAGAGCCAUUGAUCUUCAAAAGAAAGAACUUUGGAAACUUUUCCAGCUCUUUUUCUUGUUUCUAGGUCUAGUUUUUUCAGCUCAAGUUCAAUCCACUCGUUUGCAGUGUCGUCAUUGUUGGGUACCGAUAGUUCUACUCUCUUUAGCUCAUUUGAUCUUCUAUGUAUCAGUUGCCCAAACCCUAAGAUGUAUUAAUGGUUUAAAAUACCAAAGGAGAUGUCAUAAACUCACUCUAGGUCUUGCUACUGAGAGAUUGAGACAGAUCAAGAUGAUAUGUAGUAGUAAUGAUGGACUUGGUGGUGAAGAUGAGAUUGCUGAUGAUUUUGAAAUACAUUAUCAGGAACCACCCGAGACUUACUUUGGUAAGUUCAAAAGAAGUUGGGCUUUGCAUUUUGGAUUCUUGAUUCUUACUUAUGCUUUCAUGGUUUCUUCGUCUGUUGUACUACUUUGUUUCUAGAUUGAGAUAAACAUUUUGGGUCUUUUUUGUGUUUGUGGAUAUGGAUUAAUCAGUUGUUGAUGUUGUAUGUUUUAAUUCCAAUUUUUCUUGAUGAAGUUAUGGUUAUCAACAA